UCGAAAAAGUUUUUCAAAAAUCUUUAAAGAUGAGUGAAAAAGAUAGCGAUUUUCUGCACAUACAAGGCGAUAUAGACUUCCAGGAGCGUUCUAAGUCAGUUUUCUCGAGUCUUGAUCGCCUGGAGCCGAAAAAUGAAGAAGAGAAGGAGUUAAAAAAAGCCAUUAGCAGACGUCCACAUAAGGUGCCUGAUCAUGUUCUGCACCCUGACAAAUGGAAGAAAUAUAGUUUGGAAGAAGAUGGGAGUGAAAGAAUGGGAAAGAUGAAUGCCAGUGACAUAAAUAAGCAUGCUGCAUUGUCGUUUCUUAAUGAAUUAAAGGAGAGAAAAAAGUCUGAAGAUACAAGUCAAAGCAACAAGGAAACAGCUGAUGCUGUUGCCAAAGAAUUGCAUAUUUCUUUUCACAAACCUAAGAGUACGGACAACCCAAAAACAGAAACGAAGAGGAAAUCUGUAGGUAUUCAAAAAGAUGGUGUCCAUAUGAUGCCUGAAUAUGUUGUUGGAAAAGCUAAACUCCCUGCCAAAUCAAAGAAAUUAGAGACAUCUAUGCCAAAAGAUAAGGGAAAGAAAGAUGUGCAAAUUGGACAUUUGCUUGAGAAAGAGGAAGAGGAAAUCGUAGAUGAGGAUGUCAAAGGCCCAGGAGAAGGUCCCUAUGUUGCAAUGGAAGAUACUGAGAAAGAGGAUUCCAAGAAAGAAGAAGUCAGGUUUGCUAAACGUAAACGAAAACAAGAAAUGAAUAUCAGGAAGCAUGUGAAGGUGUCUGAUGAUGAAGAAAAGGAUUAAAACUUUAAAAUAAGGACAUUUUUUGGCCAUGUUGGCUAGCGUACAGCCCUGCCUAGCCUCCAGGUUCCUUAAGUUUGAUCCUCUUCUAACCAUUAAAGGCUUACAAGUUUAGUUUUAAUUGUCCUCCAAUGGACCACUGACAGGGAGAUACAGAACACUCUCUAGAACUCUAUUACUCAAAGGUGGAUUCAGGGGGGCUAGUUAGGGUAGCUAGAUAGAUAGCCAAUGCCCUUUAAGGAGUUUCAACUACGAGAAUAAACAGUACAUACUGUCUUGUAAAGCAAAAACCUCUUGCAUGUGAUUAUGGUCAUGUCAAUAUGAGAUAUGCAUUAUAAAAUAUUACAACCAAA